GACUAGAAGAUUUGGAUGAUCCGAAACAAAAUCCACCACCAUGCAAAUAUAAAACCACAUGGUCAGUUUCACUAGAUUUUCGUACAGAAUUUCCUUCGUCGCCUGUUAUGGAUGAAUUUUUGGUCAAUGCAAAAACUCUAGCUGAUAAAAUCGCUCUGAAAAACCCCAAGAUUGUUAAUCAUCCUUCUUUUAAUGAGGUACCUCGUCUUCAGCUUUAUUGUGAUAAUGAAGCAUUGGCAAUUCCUUAUCAAGUUGGAGGUGAUGAAAGACUUCGUGACGAAGCUGUUCUAAUUUGUCAUAAAGCUGCGAGUCCUCAUGAAUAUCAAUUGCCUUCAUAUGCAACCAAAAAUUUUGAAAAGUCACCUUUUAAAAAACCUACUAAAGUUAUACUCGAAGUUUAUGAUGAUAUGCCUCAUGUUUGGCAUUUGUUUACUUUUUCUAAACUUUCGAAAAUAGCAGUUGAACGUUGUAGUGAUUUUAUAAAACGUGUUACUUCUAUUGAAGUCGAUAAUAUUUCUACGAUUGAUCUUAUUAAGGAAGAUGCAGUAUCCCCUUCUAUUUCUGUUUCACUCUCAUUUAUUGCAAUGAGAGUUGGUACGGAUGGCACGAUCAGAGAAUUGAAUGAAACUGAUCGGGAGUGUCUAAAAUGGGAUAAAAUUG